AAAUGUCAAUGUCAAACACACGUGUUUACCUUGAAUUGAAGUUGUAUGUAAUUCAACGCAAGUUGUAAAUUCAGUGAUAAAGUUUAAAAACUAUGCAAUUUCUUAAUAAUUUAAGUUAACUAGACUAGACUUGCAUACAAACCAUUAUAGAUGAUACUACCUGCGUUUAAAAAUUAACCAUGAAAAGCAAACCUGUAAAGCACAAAACUACGAACACAUUUCGUUUUGUACCAUUCGCUGAACGAAUAAAUGCAAUUGACAUCCGUCAUGCUGCACUAUACCACAUCGAGCAUGUGAAUGCUAGUCAGCCAAAUGCUAAUGAGAGUCACUUCUAUGUGGCCCUACAGAAAUGGCAUGGUCUGAACUUGACAGAGAAAUUCAAAAAGUUCAAGAAACAAGUCUAUGGCAUAGUUACUGUACCACAAUUGGUACACAAGAAGGAUGAGGUUCUUCAAUUGUUGGAAAGCUAUUUAAAAUUAGAAGACCAGCUUUGUUUGCAACCAUUGCUAGAAAUAUUAGUAUCUGUAGCAAAGGACCUCAGGAUAGAUUUCUAUCCAUAUUUUCCAAAGUUUUUAGACAUAUUAAUCAACUUAUUAAACACAAAAGAUGCUGAAAGGCUAGAAUGGACCCUAGUGUGUUUAGCCUUUUUGUUCAAGACAUUAAAGCCAUAUUUGAAAAAGGACAUUGGUGUUGUUCUUACAAGAAUUAUACCUUUGCUAAGUGAGACUCAGCCGCAGUAUAUAAAUAAUUUUGCUGCUGAAAGUUUUGCAUUUGUCACUAGAGAUGUAAGAGACAAGAAGAAGUUUAUUGAAAUAAUUCUAGAUUACCUGAAGACUAAUGAUAGUGCUAUAACAGGUUGUGGACAUUUAAUAUUUGAAAUAGUUAGAGGAGUUGGGAAUAAAUUUCACAGUUGUAUAGAAAGCUUUCUGCCAAUUCUAUUGCAACAUCUUGUAGAGAAAAAAGAGCAUCAAGAAAUUAUGUUUAAAGUUCUGACACAAACAUUCGAGGACUGCUUACAAAGCAUAUCCGCUAAAGAGUUCCAUAUUUUCUGGACUAGUAUACACAAAUUUACUGAAGACAUACUAAAGGGAGAAGAAAAUGAAACAGGACUUGAAUAUGUUUUAAGAUUAGCUGGACAAGUUAUAGAACAUCAGCAUGGAAAGUACUUAACUAACCCACCACAGUUUGCAUUACUAUUAGUAAAAAUAAUUUGUGAACAAUCUUCAGAAACAAUAUUGGAAGUGUGUUCCCAAAUUGGUGCUCUUAUGUUACUUUCAAAUAACAUUUCUCUGUCUCAAGAACAUGCAGGGGUUAUAGUAAAAGUGCUUCUGCCAUUGCCUUUUCCAAAUAUCCUAAUAAAUUUUGUACAAAAUGUCAUUCAUUAUUCACAAUUUGAUAUGCACAUACUUCCAGCAUUUAUUAAGUUUGUAGUGCAGUCAAAUUUUGAUAGUGAUGCAAUGUCAACAUUGUCUAAAAUCUGCCUUACAAAGUCACCUUUAUCGAAGAGUGGAUUGAAAUUAUUUGAAUGGGUAAAAUAUCCAAUUGAUUUUGGUACUGGACUUACAUUUUUAAUGGAACAUGUUGAAAAUGUUCUAAAUAGCAGUUUAGAGGACAUUGAAGAAGAUCCACUUAAAUUAAUGAAUUUAUUGUUUUGUUUACCACACAUAGAAAAGUUAGAUGUUGACUUUUGUAUUAAGAAGUUGAGUGGACUCAUAUCAAAGUUUUUACAAGUGUUGUCAAGUUAUUGUUUAGAAGAGCAAGUAAAUGAAAAUAAAUUACAAUGUGAUGUUACACCAUUAUCUAAAUGUGCUAGAAAAAUUAUAUUUCUGAUGGCUAGCACUUUAGAAUGUGCUAUUCAUAUAUCCAGUUGUAAAAAGUUGAAAGAUAUAUGUGAUAUUGAAACUUUACUACCAAUCAUAUUACCUUGUGCUGCUGAUCCUAAUUAUAUUGUUGCAUUGAAUCUGUUGGAUUUAUAUUUAACAGCAUAUGAACAUGAAAAUGGUUUGUCAUAUGCAUUCUUAUCAUUAGUAGAUUCAUAUCUAAGACCAAAUGUAUCAUCGCCAUUUCAUAUUGUAAGACUUCUGACUACCCACAUCUAUAAAUUAUUUGAAAACAUUGAGGAGCUCAAUAAAACUGUACAAGUCAGUGGUGGUACUGAAAGGUUUUCAGUAUUUAGCAAAUGUUAUGCAGUUGAAUCUAUCUCACCCUCUAUACAAGAAUAUAGAUUGCAGUUAAAUUUAUUACAAAAAGUUGCUUUUAACACAACACAAUAUGAGCUAGCAAAAGAAACUGAUUAUCAUCUUUAUGCUCUGAAUUAUAUGUUAGGGGUUUUGUACAUCAAUUUCAAGCUACUUUGGGAACCUGUAGUUGAGUUUAUUGCAGGUUACGGCAAUGCUUUAAAUGCAGAUGAAUUUUGGCCUACAUUUUAUAAAGCACUGGAAUCUUCAUUUGUUAAUGCAAAAAAUAAUCUCAAGAUAUUUACAUUUGAACAUGACAUGGAAACUGAAAAUAAAGUUUUAAAAGAUCUGUAUAUAGAAUAUACUAGUAUAGCUGAAAGGCCAGAUGUUCAUAAUUAUAGAAACCUAGUUUUGAAAAUAAUGUCAAACUGUAUUCAAGUGUGUGAAGCAAGGAACAGAGAUGUUGUUGUCCUUUUUUUGAAGUUCAUAGAUGAGGAAUAUAAAGUAAAUAGUACUGGAAACACUUUAAAAAUUGACAUUGAAGCACAUGAUAAGGAAACAAUUGACAAAGAAAAGACACAAGAAGAACUAACGCCUGAAGCUUAUGAUACAGAAGAAAUAAUUGAAGAAGUUCCAGAAAUAGAAAUCAGAGAUUCAGUUUCUGGUAAAAUUAUAUUUAAAACGCUAAUCAAUAUUAUGCAAGUGUUGUCCCAAUUUAAAAAUCCUAGGGCACUUCACAAAGAACCUGUUUUCUGGGAGUUAUAUAUGGAUUUUUUAAAAAGCAAGAAUCCCGGCCUGCAAAAGUAUGCUUUAGAUUGUGUAUUAAAUUACAAAAAUAAGAGUGUCACUCCAUACAAAGUAAAUUUAUACAAUUUAGUUGACGAAAAUAAAUUUAAAGAUGAACUAACUCAGUUUAAAAUUACCGAAGAUUCACAAGCCAUACAGCCUGAACAUAGAGAACAUUUAAUACCAAUAAUCGUACGUAUCUUGUAUGGUAAAAUGACAUCGAAAUUAGGAGCCGAUAAAAAAGGAGGUGGUCAAACAAGAAGAUCUUUAGUCAUGAGAUAUCUAAGUGGAUGUAACGAAAAUGAAUUGAAAAUGUUCAUUGAAAUGGCAUUCUCCUACAUGAAAGAGUAUAUGACUAUGACACCUAAAGAAAUUUAUACUGAAAUUUUCACAAACAUGAAUCUAAAAUCUGUGACAAGUCAAGGAAAAUUACAUAGUAUUUUGACGUUGUUCGAGGUUGUAAGAGAAUAUUUUGGAGGAUAUAUGGGUGACGAAUUCCUUUCCCAGUUUCUAAAAAUAUUUUUCGGGGUAUGUUGUACUGUAGCAAGUGUUUUGGCUCAAGUUGAAAAAGUUCAUGUUGGCUACGUUAAGGCAAUGAAAAAUCUCCGUGUACUUGCGAUCAAUAUUAUGGGAAAAUUAUUUGAUCGAUUUGAAAAGUAUGUGUGGAGUAAAGAAGAAUUGUUUGUAAUAUUUGAAACUUUAAUAUUCCCCCUUGCUCCCAGAUUACAUUUUGAGGGCGUCCAUUCACCGACUGCCUUGUUAAAGUUGUUUAAUACUUGGUGCCAAAACCCAAGAUAUUAUACCUUACUUGUAACAUGCUCAGAAAAUGACAAAUCUCUUUGUGCUCUGCCAUCGAUGUUUAAUCUUUUGCUAGCACCUAAAACUGCACCUGGAGUGGUUAAUAUGAUUUUAGAUAUGAUAGAAAAGCUCUUGACGUUAACGGAAGACGAAGAAGAUAAAGAAAUUGCGAAAAUAGAAUCAUUCAGUACUUUAGAAAUUUGUGAAAUUGAACGGAAUGACAUUAAUUUUGGAAGCAAAAUCUUGAUUCCACAUUUGCCAAAUAUUCUUGAAGUUAUGAAAAGACGAAUAGCUAAUACGGCGAAAUCUAAUACUGUUAACAGAAGAGAUCUCUUAAUAUUGUCUAGAGUAACAGAAAUGGUCACUACUCCUGAGAUGUGUGAUGAUUUAUUAAGUCUUUUAUUACCUAUAUUGGUUAAAAAAGUUUGCAUGAAUAUGGCUGAAGAGAAUAUGGAACAUGCAGUAAAUACUAUAAUAAACUUACUUGGACAUAGCACAAAUCCUCAGCGUUAUAUUAAAAAUAUUGCUGUUUUAUUCAAUAAAGUAGGUCCAGUAGAAGUUCGAAAACUUCUUUUUAAGUUAUUGUCGUCUAUAUCAGAAACUUCCAAAGAGAAUAAAGAAGAAUUAGCUAAAUUGGCACACGUGAUUAAAGAACUCAAUGCUUUUAAUAAAAGAUGGAUUGAACAACCCGAUUUUGAUCGUCGUAUAGACGCGUACAAACUGAUAUAUCAAAUGUUUGAUGCAGAUGAAAUAGACGUUGACCUGGCAAUUUUGAUCGUUAAUAACUGUUUCUACUUUAUACGCACAGAAAAAGACAUAGGGCUGCGUGACAAUGCAGGUUUAUGCUUAAAGAAGAUUUUACCUAAAUUACUUUUAAAAUAUCGAUCAAGUCCAGAUGGCCAAUUUUUAGUACGCGAUACAGUACUCUCAUUAAUAUCAACCGGUAUAAGGGACAGUAAAAACGACUUGUUAAGAAAUGAAAGUAUUAUGUUGUUGGGAGAAUUAGUCAGAGAAUGCCCAGAUGCGGACGUAGUGUUGUCUGAUUUAGUGCCUUUAGCUAAUAAAGAAGACAGAGAAGUUGAUUUUUUCGAAAACUCAUGUCACCUUCAACUUCACAGAAGAGUGAGAGCGUUACUAAAGUUCACUAAAGUUGCCAGAAAGAUGACGAAAUGUCCUACGCCAAGAACACUUACGAAUUUCAUUUUACCUCUUGCAUCAAUGUAUAUCUGUGACGAUAAAUACUCUGAUAAAAAUACGUUAAUCGAUGCUUGUAUAGAUGUAAUUUCUACAUGUUGUAGAUUGUUGCCAUGGUAUCAUUACGAAGUGAUACUAAAACUGUACCUAAAUAAAAUACGAUAUACUACAGAUCAUCAGAAACAGUUAACUCGUAUACUCAUGGGUAUAUUGGAUUCUUUUCAUUUCGAUUUUUCCAAAGCAAAGAAUAUUGAGUUGCCCAAAGCAUUGACAACAAAUAUACCUAUAAAAAAGAAGGAGGUAAGCAAAUCUGAAAAUAAAGUGCAAAACGGAACUAAUACAGAUUCUUCUGACGAAUCGGAAGAAGAACCAGAUGAACUUACCAAUAAAGAGCAAAAUGAAGAAGAUAUUCCUGAAAUUGAUAAUGAAUUGGUAGUUGACGAGAAAGAUGAAGAAGAUCAGACUAACAAGGACCUAUCUAAUAUACCAGCGUAUGAUAAGACAAGUAGUGUUUCACCAUCAGUGGCUAAUAGAAUAAUAAAAUCAUUGUCCUCGGGACUUUUGCCGCAACUUAAUCGAUCUAUUGGAAAAUUAACAGAACACGAAGGUUCCCACAAAGUGAACAGACGCCAUACAAGCGUAGCGCGGUUAGAAGAAGACAUGUUAAGAGUUCCAAUAGCGUUAGCUUUAGUAAAGCUACUCCAAAGAUUGCCCGGCGAUAUUUUAAAACACCAGCUACCGGGCAUUAUUAUCAAACUAUGCUCUUUCCUAAAAUCGCCAUUGAAACAAAUAAGAAGUACAGCUAGAGACAUUGUUAAGAAAAUCAUGUUGACUGUUGGUACAUCGUAUUUAGGCAUUUUACUUGAGCACUUGACCUUAUUGCUUACCAGAGGCUUUCAAGUUCACGUAUUAGUUGCUACAAUUCAUACUGUCUUAGAUGCUCUAAAAUCUGAUUUCAAACCUGACGAGAUGAAUGAAAAUCUCGAAUACAUAAUCGAUGUUUGCACUAAUGAUCUGUUUGGAUCAUUAUCUGAAGAGAAAGAAGUAGAUAAACUGCAUUACAAGACUCCAGAAGCUAAACCGAGCAAAAAAAGUUACGUGACCUUAAUGAUUGUAGCACAGAAUAUCACUGAAAAAUGUUUGAUCAACCUUCUUUUGCCGUUCAAAGAGGUUUUACAAAAGCACCAUUCGAAAAAAAUCGUUCUUAAAGUCCAAGAAGCAAUGAUGCAUAUAUCGAGUGGUUUGGUGACAAAUAAAUUUAUAGAAAUGGAAGACUUAUUUGUAUUUCUCCACGGUAUAGCGUCAGAGAGUAUACCAGAGUUUAUUCUGACCGCUCCAAAGCGUGAAUUGACAGAAGCUCAAAGGGAAAAGAUGUUACGAGCUAAACCUGAUUGCUUCAUAAUACCUGAAGCGCCGAAACGUAACAGGGAAUCCCAAGCGAAAAAUGUUAGGACGUCUUCGAAAACAAAUGCUCACGUACUUGUAGAAUUUAGCUUGAACAUUCUGUAUAUUAUACUCAAAAGAGAAAAGGUCCCAAGGAGUGAUUGUAAAGCAUUUGUCGAUCCAAUAGUACCACUUUUAGUAGAUGCUUUAAAAAGCGAUCAUGUGAAGGUGUCAACUGUUGCACUUAAAUGUAUUGCAACUUUAUGGACGAUUAGAAUUAGUACGCCGACUUUAGAAGAAAUGAUAAAGGAUAUUGUAAAGACGAUAUUUUCCAUAUUGCACAAGUACGCUACAUUUGAGAUUAGCACUCAAAAUGACAAUUACCAUCUAGUGCGAAACGCGUUUAAGGCUGUAACAGUUUUGGUGCGUAACGUAAAAUACUACAAUUUAGAGGCAGAUCAAUUGAAAAUGCUACUCCUUUACGCUGAGGAAGAUUGCCAGAAGCAAGAGAAACAGGCCAAUUCCUUCUCGUUACUGAAAGCCAUAUUGGAGGCCAAAUUAGUUUCAAAUGAAUUGCAUGAGGUUAUGGAAAAGGUUUCCAAGAUUUGCAUCCUUAGUGAAUCAGCAAAGUCAAGGGACGAAGCUCGUGCGAUAUUCGUGAGCUACCUCACCCACUACCAGCCCGGGAAACGGUUGGAGAAACACAUCCAGUUCUUUGUAGCUCAGCUGAACUAUGAGCUGCAACACGGCAGGGAGUCCUCCUUGAAGUUCAUUCAUAUGAUCAUUAAUAAGUUGAAUGUUGCGCAACUGAAAAGUCACGGGGACUACCUAUUCCUGUCGCUAGGCGCGUGUAUGAUCAACGACAGCGCGCCAGAGUGCAGACAGGCGGCGGCCACUUGUAUAGAGGCCAUGUUGAAGAAGUUCCCGCUGCUCGAGAGGAAUAAGCUGUUUGAUUUAGUGCUUGCCUUCUUUAAGGAUACUCAGCCAGUACAUUUUGAAUUAGCAGCCCAACUAAGCAUACGUUUUGUCAAUGUUGAAGAAGCUGAGUUUCAGAACCGCUUAAGCAAUGUUCUCUCUUUGAUUAGCGGUAAAAUACUCUUGCUCAACAACGACAUAGCGGAAGGUAGAUUCGUCAAAAUUAAACUCGACCACGGAGAAAAGAGUGACGAAGAACAGCAGAAGGAAAAAGAUCACAGUUUGAUACAAAUAUUGAAUUUAAUCGAUAAAAUUACUGUACAUUGCUCGGCUACUAUGAAUAAUAAAAAGUAUGUCAGUGAUUACGACGAUUUAGCGCAGCAAUGUCAAGCGUUAUUGGCAUAUCCUCACGCUUGGGUCAGAUUGCGCGCUGUCAAGAUUUUAGGGACGGUUCUGUCUCAUGUUAAUGUAGAGGAAUUGAAUGUGAAAGAAAGGGACAGCGAUAGAGGAUUUAUCUAUUAUGAUACAGAGGAUUCUUUGAGGAGUCUUGUUUUAGAUUUGUGUGCGCAGUACACGCCGAAUGUGGCUAAAGACAUGGCUGAUCAGGUAACAGCAGUCCUAUUCCAUAUAUUUAAACUAGUACACAGUAUGCCGUGUUUCGCGCUCACAAAGAAGGUACUAUCUGAAGAAACUCACGAGGACACCAACGCUAAAGUCAACAUUCGUUGGAUUCUAUUUAAAUUGAGGAAAGCUAUCAAUGCAGAAGUUGCUAAGGCUCCGACUACAUUUAAUAUUAGAACCGCAAUAUUCACAAUGUGGAUGCACAUAAUAAGUUCGCUGGAAUCAGAUGAGGUGAACACAAUAAUCGACGUCGUACUGCCGCCCAUCGUGAGGGAACUCUCCACCGGCGACGGGCCUUCGUCGGUCGCCAAACAGUUGGCGAGGAAAGUCGGCAAGAAGUUGAGAAGGAAAGUAGGGGAGAUUGAGUAUAGCAAGAUGGCUGCCGAAGUACAAUCUAGGUUGAACGUUAGAAGAGCUGAAAGGAAGAAGAUAUUACUGCAAGAAAAGGUCAAUAACCCGGAAAAGGCAGCGAAACGGAAACUCCAACUGAGAGAAAAAAAGAAACAGGCGAAGAAGAUAAAACUGGAAAUGCUUCACGGAAAGAGGCCGAGAGCUAAGAAGAGGAAAGCAGAAGAUGUUGAUAUUGAAGAUGAACUAUUAAAAGAUAAUGAGGAAUAAAGUAGCCUAUCUACUUACUUGAUUUUACUAAUGUUUUCUUUUACACACAGUUCAAAACUUUAUAGUAAUGUACAUAUAUUUGAUAACGUUAUGUAAAUAAAUAUGUUUAUUAUC